UUGGAUAAUUCACGAAUAAGCAGGUGUAAAGGUGUUCCUACGGUAAGUGGCGUUGGUAUGUAUAUUGAUGCCACAUGCCCAGUUUAUGGAUUAAGGAAGAUUGUCCCUCGGCACACGCCGUAUGCCACUCUAUGAUGCUUCACGAAAGUUAGCAGCUAUCAGGUUUUGAAGAUUUCAGUUUUUCCCCCUCGACUGUGGAUUUUCUCUGCAUCUGUCAACAUGGUCAACGUGCACAAAGGUGUCCUUGUUGAAUGCGAUGCUGCCAUGAAGCAGUUCCUCCUCUACCUGGAUGAAACAAUGGCUUUAGGAAAAAAGUUUAUCCUGAAGGACCUUGACGACACACAUCUCUUCAUCCUGGCAGAGGUGGUUCAAACCCUUCAGGAAAGAGUUGGCGAGUUAAUGGACCAGAAUUCAUUCCCCAUCACGCAGAAAUAACACUCUUCCUCAAAGAGUGGUCUAUUCUUGGACUUUGAACUGUUAAAGACCUUGUUAAAUGAACACUGCAAUGUUUUAAAUGCAGGCUGAAAUGGAGCAAUUGCUCAUUUUUUGUUACAUUAAUGUGAAAAGACAUUAAAAAACACAUUUUGCUUGUUGGUUGCACUGUA